AUGACCGAGAUAGAUUACCACAUUGCAUUCCUGACAAAAGCUCUCGAAGUUGUUAAAAAUGAAAAGUCAAAUGGCCCCGAGAAUUGUGAUAUUGACCAAAGAAGGAAUUCCGAAAGGAAAUCUUCCGAUGUGGAUAGGAAAGAUUCCAAAGGAAGGUUUGCUGAUGCCAACGAGAAGAAAUCAAAAGCGGAAUUUCCUAAUGUUGACGGGAGGAAUUUCGAUGAUAAAUCUUCUAACGAUUACGAGAAGAAAUCAAAAGCGGAAUUUCCUAAUGUCGACAGGAUGAAUUCCGAUGACAAAUCUUCUAAUUAUUACGAGAAGAAUUCCAAGAAAUCUCCCAGUAGUGAUAACUACGAGGAUUCCAAAGAGAAAUUUAUCAAAGAUCUAUUCCACCUCUUAAAGAAAUUGAAAAUUAAAUGGGAGGAAUUUGAGAGGGCUAUGAUGGGUAUCAUAGACAGGGUUGAGUCAACGAUAUCUAAAAUUUGGACGUGGCGUGUCACCGCCGAACUGGAAGUAGAGUUUACUGCACGAAACCAACUGUUGUCCGUGUGA